AUGGAUUUUGUUUUCAUUGACAAGAAAACUGAGCUGGAAAUUGGGUGCGGCGAGGGUGCUUUGGUUGGAGGGGUUAACACUACCAAGCAGUUGUACGAUGCGAAAUUCAAAAUGCCAAAGGUAUUGAGAGAUAUGAUCAUCAAACUAGUAUCUCGAUCGCCUGCUUUAAAAAAGGAUUUGCAUGUGUGUGGUUUUUAUGUUGCAGAAACUGAUUUGCAAUUAUUUAUUUUGGAUUGCCCAUCAACUUAUGUUACUAGACUGGAUGCCAUGAAAGAAAUGCAUUAUCCAAAAUCUGAAGGCCAGAUUCAUCGUCAAUUGUCUGCUGUGUUGAGGAACAUCAUUGGUCUCAGAAUUAUAAUGGAAAACACAGUGUAUGCAUUGGAUCAUGAUACAACAGACAUUACCAUUGGCCGAGAUAAUGAUGAAGCUAUGAUACCUUGUUUUAUUCCCUCUAGUCCUGAAAAGAAAAAGCGCAAAUUUUCUGUUGCAACAUCAAUAAAUUCGUAA